ACAGCCAUGGGAUCGUCACCCCUGCCAGCCUCUUGUGGCCCAGCCAGUUUUUCCAUCUGCUGCCUCAUUCGAGGCGUGACCCUGCACCUGGGGACCGUACUUAUCCCUAACCUGCCUCUCGGAGGCCAGGGCCCAGGCGGGAUGUGGGCCUCCCGACCUCUGGCUCCUUCCACACAGCUCCAGCCAGGUGGGCCAGCCCCAGGAGCCCAGGCCUCGCCAUUGCCGCUGCCUUCAGGGAGGAGGGCCAUCUCAGCCCACCCAGCUGCCAGGCACCCAUCUCAGGCAGACGAAACAUGAGCAAGAAUCCCAAGGAAAUGAUCCCACUGAUGGGCAAGAAAACCAGCGCCCCUGGCGCAGCCCCUGUGUGCCCGCUGGAGAGGAGGCCUGCUGAGGUCACGCCCACCAAGAAGAGAAGGUUGCAGCUUUCAGCACCAAAGCACAAAACGUCUUGCUGGGCCGCUGAGUGGGCAUCUUACCUUCGUCUUGACUCUGCACCCAGCCUGCUCCUCCAGUGCCUAUUUCUUUCUUGAAAUUGAAGGCUUCGAACCCAACCAGGCCACCAACAAACCUUCUCCUCCUGUCUUCCCCAAGCCCAUGGACUCCAACAUCCG